GAUUUCCCCCAAACCCGGUAUGCAUCUGUUACAGUUCUUGACUGAGGUUAUACAGUCGCAAGAGCUAGAUUUUGAACUUUUCGAUCUAGAUGACGGGCCAGGCCAGGACGAGUUUUUGGGGAGAGCCAAUUUGGAUGUUCAGGAAAUUUGGAAGAAUGGAGAAGUAGAUAUGUGGGUGCCGCUGUCUGAGGCCAAGUCAGGUCGCAUUCACAUCCGAGCCACUUGGUUAGAUCUCAGUGACACUGCUGACUCUCUGCAGCUGCAACUUGAGGAAAUCCGUGCUCUUCAGGUGACAACGAAGAACCCACUUCACAGUGCUGUGCUCAUGGUCUGGGUGGAUUCUGCCAAGAAACUCAAUCCGUCACAUAAGCAAAUCCCAGAUCCAUUUGUGAGGCUCUAUGUUGGUAAUGAAAAGGGAGAGACAGCUGUACGGCAGCGAACAAAUGACCCAGUCUUUGAGGAGGGAUUCACCUUCCUUGUCCGUAACCCACGCACCCAGGAGCUGAAGCUUGAGGUAAUUGAUCAGAAGACAAACCAGAUCCAAGGUAAGGUGGAGCUAGACCUCAACGUUUUCUUGAAGGAGCGUAAAAUGGAAGUCGUUGGAGAAGACUACAGCCUAAGUGGGGCCUCGGGAGGUCUGUCGACAUUGAAACUGAACAUAACUUUGAGGAUCUUGAAGACUGCCCUCAAAACUGAUGAUGGAGAUGGUGGUCCUCAGGAAAAGGGUGAGACGGAAAUAUGCCACCAUCCACACCUGCACACUCUAUCCCAUCCAAAGAGUCAGUUGGCAUUCCUGAUCCUAUUCCUGCUGAUGGUCCUGAACAAAAGUCUGCCCCUGUAAGGGAACCUGGGUCGUUGGCAGACCAGAGCGAAGGCCCAAGUGUGGCCACAGAUGCUG